AUGUACAAAUUAUUCCUUGUCGUCUCUAUUCUCGGCGCUGCCGUCGCCGAGCCCGUCGCCGAGCCCGAGCCCGCCGCUGCCGGCCUCGACCUCGACAAGCGCUGCACCGGACAGGGCCAGUUCUGCAACAACGGCAUCCCGUGCUGCCCCAACCUCUACUGCGGCAGCAACCGCAUCUGCUCCACGUGCACCGGCCAAGGCCAGUUCUGCAACAACGGCGUCCCUUGCUGCAACGGGCUCUACUGCGGCAACAACCGCAUUUGCUCGUCGUGCGUGGGCCGCGGCCAGUUUUGCAACAAUGGCGUGCCGUGCUGCGCGGGCCUGUACUGCGGCAACAAUAGAAUCUGCGGCUAA